UCCUUCCUAGCUUUAGCUUCACUUAUCUGGGCUGCUGGAACGAAGUAUGGAGAGAUUCUGCUAGUGAGACUAUGGAUGUCUUUGUGGCUGCACUAAUGGUGGCCAUCUGGCUGCCAUUGGCGAGCUCAGAGAGUUUUCUGAUUCAUCAUGUACAAAAACAUCAGUGCAUCUUGGGUAGUAUGACUGUGAGUGUGGGAAAGUGCAAUCUGACAGUGCGUACCCAGCACUGGAAGUGGACAAGUGAUGGAAAGCUACUACACAUUAGUUCAUUUCUAUGCCUCGGCAUUGCCAAUUCAUCUGCAACACAUUCACGUUCAGCCAUAUUCACCAAUUGCGAAAGAGCUCCUAAAUGGACGUGUCAUAAAGAUGAAAAUCUCCUUGAGGUUGAAGGCACUGACCUUUUCCUCAGAAAACAGGGUGCAAGAGUCAUCGUCAAAAAGGGGAGAAAGUACCCAAAUGCCUGGAAAAGAAUGGGAGCAGAUAGUCAUGGAUUUGUUGUUUAUAAAGACAUGUGUCCAGACAAAGAUCCAGAGAGAAGUACUAUGAGCAGCACAACAUUCAGAAAUAUUAUAGUUGAAACCACAUCUGAUCUUUGGACUCUAAGGACCAGCCAAACUGAGAUGAGUAACCCAAAUGCUACACAAUAUAAAAGAGAAGCAGGGACCGGAAAUCCUUAUUUUACUGAUCACCAAUCCCUAGUAACUACAGCUGGCUCAAUUCCAACAACCACACAGCAUUAUCCAAACUCAAUCGAAGAGUAUGUAGAGCCUGUGAGAUGCACAAUCAACAUCACAGAGAAGAAUGUUUUCUUGCAGUCUAUUUCUGUAAAAUGGACCAGCCCAGGGAGUCACUGUAACUUCAGCUUGACGUAUAGCGCCAGCAAUUUUUGGGAAACAUCUUGCCAUCCUAUUCUAAAAACAAAUGAUUCCUUUGAAUGCACUCAGCAUGGGCUUGAGGCUGGAACUGUGUAUAAUAUAAGCAUUGUAGCUCUGCAGGAUGGCGAGAUGGAGAACUUUUUACUACAAACAGAUCCUAUGCCACCGUCAGACUUUGAUGUGAACAAGAACACAGCUACAUCAACAAGUCUACAGGUUUCAUGGACACCUUCUUCAGGCAGAGUGGACCAUUAUAAAUUGUAUUUACUUGAUAACAACAAGCAACAUGUUAAAAAAUUUGAAGUUCCUGGGAACGCUGCAAAAAAAGAAGCCACGUUUUUGGGCUUGAUUCCUGGCACUAAAUAUAGUAUUUCUAUCACAGCUUUCUCUGGGAAUAAAAGCACCCCCACAAUUCUAGUUAAUGGCUCCACAGUUCCAUCUCCUGUGAAGAGUAUUGAUGUUCUUAGCAAGACAGACAGCAUCCAUGUGUCAUGGAAACCCGACACCGGGAAUGUAGAACACUAUGGACUGGUCUUAUUGGAUGAAUAUAACCAAUUAACUGAAAAAACAUUGGAAAGCCAUAUAAAUAUGUACUCUUUUCAGGGGCUCAUCCCAGGUCACAUGUAUAACCUCACUGUGAUUACAGAGGCAUCAGGACUGAAGAGCUAUAAAUAUAAAUUAAUUAGAACAGCUCCGGCAGAAGUGGACAGUCUUACUGUGGUUAAUGAUGGUAGUUCUCAUAGGCUAAAGGUUCGAUGGAAAGUACCUCGAGGCAAAUUGGACUUAUACAAUAUCACCUUGUAUGAUCAAGAAUUUGUAAUAUACAGCAAGACUGAGCUUCCAGGAGCUACAGAGGCAGUCUUUAGUGAUCUUAUUCCAGGCCGAUUAUAUCAUGUGAAUGUUAGCACAGUGGCUGGUCAAUUAAGAGCCACCAGAAUUGCACAGGGCCGAACUGUGCCAAGUAAAGUUUCUGAUCUUAAGGCAAUCAGUAAUGGCAUCAAAUCUCUCCGAGUGAGUUGGCUUCCACCUGCUGGAGACUGGGAGAAGUACCGUAUUGUUCUAUUUAAUAAAUCUACUGUCUUGCUGAACACUUCUAUGGAAAAAUACUUUACAGAAUAUGUUAUCCAGGAUAUCGGUCUCAUACCUGGAAGACAGUAUGAAGCCGCUGUUAUCGUAGAGAGUGGAGAAUAUAAAAAUGAUGCUUAUUGCAAAGGCAGAACAGCCCCACAAGCGGUUCAGCAGCUUCGGAUUAAGCACGCCAACGAGUCCUCACUUAGCAUCAUGUGGAUAAUGCCUCUUGCAGAAUUGGAUAACUAUGUUGUUUCCCUGGCAGACAGAGAUCUCACUCUCAUUAACAAAUAUCUUGCUAAGGAAGCCAAAGAAUUUACCUUUAGUGAUCUUGAGCCAGGCAGAAAGUACAAGGCCACUGUUACAAGCAUCAGUGGAGAUUUAAGCAACUGGAGUUCUAUUGAAGGAAGGACAGUGCCAGCUCAGGCGACUAACCUGAAUGUAGAGAACCUGGGAACCACUACAAAUUUACAAACGGACUGGACUAGAGCUAUUGGAGAUGUGGAUUCCUACCAAGUCUUGUUGAUUCAUGAUAACAUUGUCAUAAAAAAUGAGAGCGUAUCCAGUGAGACCAAUAAAUACCAUUUCCAUUCUCUGAAACCGGGAGGGUUGUAUUCCGUUGUGGUUACCACUGUUAGUGGGGGCAUCUCAUCAAGGCAAACAAUAGCAGAAGGAAGGACAGUUCCUUCCAGUGUCAGUGGGGUGACAGUAAAUAAUUUUGGCCGUAAAGAUUACCUUAGCAUAUCCUGGCUUCCAGCUGCUGGAGAUGUUGAUAGCUAUUUGGUUACACUUUCGCACCAUAAUAACAACCUGCCACCUUUAGCAAUUUCUAAGUCCGUCACUGAAUGUUCCUUUAGCUCUCUGACUCCUGGACGACUCUACAAUGUGACAAUAACGACAAGGAGUGGGAAGUAUGAAAACUACUCUUUUAGCCAAGAAUGGACAGUUCCCUCUGCUGUGCAAGGAUUAACAGUAAGCAACGCGGCAAGAAGUGACUACCUGAAAGUGUCCUGGCUACAUGCUGCAGGAGAUUUUGAUAAUUACCAAGUCACCAUUAAAAACAACAAGGAUUUCAUUGAAACCACAACGAUCACCAAGGUGGAAAAUGAGUGUGUUUUUACUAACCUGGUGCCAGGAAGGCUCUACAGUGUUACUGUUAACACAAAGAGUGGAAAGUAUGAGACGAGUGCCAUCGCAAGUGGCCGAACCUUCCCUGAGCCGGUGAAGAAGCUCACCCUGGCAGGCAGAACCAGUGAGGACCUACAUGUGACGUGGUCUAGGGCUGAUGGGGAUGUAGAUCGCUAUGAGAUUCAGCUGCUUUUCAAUGACAUGAAAGUUUUCCCACCCAUAACCCUGAGUAACACUGCUUAUGAAUAUAAAUUCACCUCCUUGACACCGGGCAGGCUAUAUAAGAUUGUAGUGCUGACGUUCAGUGGCGAUGCACAGAGAGCAACAUUUGUGGAGGGCCUUACAGUUCCCAGUGCGGUUAAGAAUAUUCACAUUUCUUCAAAUGGAAUGACAAACAGCCUGAAAGUAAACUGGACACCUGGCGCAGGUGAUGUUGACUCAUACACUGUAUCAAUAUUUCGUCAAAACUACCAGCUAGAAACCCAGACUAUAUCCAAGCAUAUCUACGAACAUAACUUCUACAAUCUGGAACCAGGAGAGCAGUACAAAGUUAUGGUGCAGUCUAACAGUGGCACUUUGCACAAGAAUCUCACUUCCUUUGGCAGAACAGUCCCUGCUGCUGUUCAGAAGUUGUCUGCAGAUAAUGUGUUCAGCAGUCACCUAUUGGUAGUUAGCUGGCAAAAAGCCCAUGGUAUUGCUGACAGAUAUGAGAUCCUUCUCCUCACCGACCAGGGGAUUCUCAUACAUAAUAAGUCUGAGCCAGCUACCUCAAAAACACACAAGUUUGAAGAUUUAGUACCAGGCAAAAAGUACAGAAUCCGAGUGUUAACUGUCAGUGGAGGCCUCUUUAGCUCUGCAGAAGAAACAGAAGGACAAACAGUCCCAGCAGCUGUAACUGGUCUGAAAAUCACAGGAAAUAGCACAGAGAGUUUGUCAUUCACAUGGAACCCAUCAGAGGGAGAGCUGGACUUUUAUUCCAUAUACCUGUACAAUCCAGACAAUACUCUUCAUGAUAGGAAAUCUGGGAAUCAGAUUCUACAGCACUGUUCAUUCCAAGGGUUACUGCCAGGCCGCCUGUACAAAAUGGUUAUUGUGACUCACAGUGGAUCAUUAACUAAUGAGUCUGCAAUACAUGGGAGGACAGUACCAGCCCCAGUGAGUCUCCUGCAAGCAUCAAGCAAAAACUCUUCAGAUAGUCUGUGGUUUACAUGGGCCCCUGCACUGGGAGAUCUGGAUUUGUAUGAAUUGAUCCUCUAUAAUCCCAAUGACACGGAGAAAGAAAAAAGGCAAGGCGCUUACCUGACAGAGUGCCAUUUUGAAAAUCUAAUUCCAGGCAGGCAGUACACACUCGUUAUAAUCACCCACAGUGGCGACUUAACCAACAAAGUCACUGCUGAUGCAAGGACAGCUCCACAACAACCAAGUUCUGUUUCAUUUGCUGAUGUAAAGAACACUUCUCUAUCUAUAACUUGGCUGGGGCCCCCAGACUGGACAGACUAUGAUGAUUUUGAGCUAGAGUGGGCCCCAAAAGAUCCACUGGUGGUCUUCAAUCCAUAUAGCAUUGGAAAGUCUAAGGGACGAAUCGUAAAUGGACUUCAUCCUGGACGUCUGUAUACGUUCUUUGUGAGAACUGUAAGCGGAACUGCAAAGAAGACGCUGAGCUUCCCCAUUAAAGGGAUUGUGAGAACAAAACCAGACAAAAUAAAUCAUCUUCACUGCCGGCCCCAGAACUCAACUGCUAUAUCUUGCUCAUGGACUCCUCCAGACUCAGAUUUUGAUGGUUACAGCAUUGAGUGCAAAAGAAUGGGUACAGAUGAAGUUGAGUUCUCCAAAAGGAUUGAGAAAGAUAAAUCUAUGCUAACAAUCAUGACACUAGUACCACACAAGAAAUAUGUGGUGUCAAUUAAAGUGCACUCUGCGGAUAUGACGAGUCAGGUUGUGGAGGAUAGCACAAUUACUAUGAUAGAUCGACCGCCUCCACCACCUCUUCAUAUCAGAGUGAAUAAAAAAGACGUGUUCAUUAGCAAAUCAUCAAUUCACUUCAACUUUAAUUGCAGUUGGUUUAGCGAUACCAAUGGAGCUGUCAAAUUUUUCACUGUCAUUGUUUCAGAAGCAGAUGGAACUGACAAUCUCAAACCAGAGUCAAGCCACCCUUUGCCGUCAUAUGCUGAUUAUAAGAAGAAUAAUACUAUAAAAAUAUAUCAAACAAACUUCUUUGCAAGCAGAUGUGCUGAGAACCCUGACUAUAACAUCCAGACUUUCAAAAUUAAGUUGGGCGGCGAGAUGGAAAAUUUAGGUGGAAAAUGUGAUCUUAACCAGAAUAAAUACUGUGAUGGGCCCCUGAAGCCUCGGACAGCCUACAGAAUUAGCAUUAGAGCUUUCACCCAACUUUUUACAGAAGAUAUGAAAGAAUUCCAGGAACCUUUGUUUACAGAUACAUUCUUCUCCUUGCCAAUUACUACUGAAGCAGAACCCUUGGUUGGCGUAAUAGAAGGUGUGAGCGCUGCUUUAUUCCUUAUAAUAAUGCUUAUUGGAGUCACUGCAUUACUUAUCUGCAGGCAGAAAAUUAGAAGAGGGAAUGGUCAGGACCCAAUGACUGCCCAUCUGAAUGCUCGAAGAGAAAGGUCGUCUUCAGUCCAUUUAAACGUAGGGCACAAAGGGAACAGACGAACAUCAAGCCCAGUCAAAUCAAGCCAAUUUGAAGUUCAUUUCACCAAGUUGCAAGCAGACUCAAAUUAUUUGCUGUCUCAGGAAUAUGAGGAUCUUAAAGAUGUUGGUCGAAAUCAAUCUUUUGACACAGCACUUUUACCAGAGAACAGAGGAAAAAAUCGAUACAACAACAUAUUACCUUAUGAUUCUACAAGAGUGAAACUUUCCAAUGUUGAUGAUGAUCCUUGUUCUGAUUACAUUAAUGCCAGCUACACACCAGGGAAUAGCUUUCGCAGGGAAUACAUCGCUACACAAGGACCUCUUCCUGGUACUAAAGAUGAUUUCUGGAAAAUGGUGUGGGAGCAAAAUGUUCACAAUAUUGUGAUGGUGACACAGUGUGUUGAAAAAGGACGGGCAAAAUGUGAUCGUUACUGGCCUUUUGACCAAGACUCGUUGUAUUAUGGAGACCUGAUAGUUCAGAUGAUGUCCGAGUCUGUCCUUCCUGAAUGGACUAUACGGGAGUUUAAAAUCUGCAGCGAAGAUCAACUUGAUACUGCCAGACUGGUCCGUCAUUUCCACUAUACUGUGUGGCCAGAUCAUGGAGUGCCAGAGACCACUCAAUCUUUGAUCCAGUUUGUAAGAACCGUGAGAGAUUACAUCAACAGAACGCCAGGAACAGGUCCUACUGCUGUGCACUGCAGUGCCGGUGUUGGCAGAACAGGCACUUUUAUAGCACUUGACAGAAUCCUUCAACAACUUGACUCCAGAGACUCUGUAGAUAUUUAUGGAGCAGUGUAUGAUCUCCGCCUUCAUCGAGUCCAUAUGGUUCAGACUGAGUGUCAGUACGUUUAUUUACAUCAAUGCGUAAGAGAUGUGUUGAGAGCAAGGAAGUUGCGCAACGAACAGGAUAAUCCCUUAUUUCCAAUAUAUGAGAAUGUGAAUCCAGAGUAUCACAGAGAUAAUGGGUAUCCCAGGCAUUAACCCUUGAAUAGUCUGCUUCAAUCAACUGCUACCUUAAGCCUCUACAUCACUACAUAUAUGCCAGAUAUGUUUUAUAAGUUCAAUAAUUUAUCUGUCUGGUAGCUGUUUGAGGUGUAUGUAAUUUAAAUGUACAUUUAAAUCUCAAAAUGUAUAUAAAUAUAUAAAUAUACGUAUAUGUUUCAAUUUUAAUAUUACUAGAGAUUGUUUUCUCAUAUGAACUUGCCACCUAGUUGAAAGAUCAAGGUAUAAACAUUUAUUUAAACAAUAAAUAACUUUCAAUGUGUGUUUGUAUCAAACACAUUUGCAUUAUUGAAAUGUAACAUCACUUUGAUAUACUAGCCAAUCACUGCAAUGCGGGGAGGCUGUUCAUCUACUGUCUGCCAGGAUCUGGUCAUAAACAUUAUUUUUGUAUAGACCAAAUAAAAAAGAUGUUUUUUAGCGAGUUAUGAGGGAGGUUACCUCAUAAAUAAGAAGCAAGUGAAUAGAAUGUCUUGUAAUUUAUAUGCCUUGAGUCUACUUGGAAAUGUUUUUUAUACAUAAACAUGGGCUUGGGCUCUCUAGCAACUAUUUUUACCAUGAUCAUAAAGAAUUUGUAAUUUAAGGCAUUAAUUUCACUUACUGGUCAGUUUGCAAAAACUUCUGUUAUCUGUUCCAUGAAAAUGUGCUGUAAUAUCUUAAAAGGUCAUUGAAAUGAAAAUGAAAGGGACAUAAAACCCACAAUUUUUCUUUCACGAUUCAGAUAGAACAUACAAUUUUAAACAACUUUCCAAUUUGCUUUUAUUUACUUUAUUCUCUAAUCUAAUUUACUUUGUUCUCUUGGUAUUCUUUGUUGAAGAAACAUCCGUGCACAUAGGUGAGCCAAUAACAUGAGGCAUAUAUGUGCAAUCAAUCAGCAGCUCCUAAGCCUACCUAGGUAUGCAUUUCAGCAAAUUAUACCAAGAGAACAAAACAAAUUAGCUGAAAGAAGUAAAUUGGAAAGUUGUUAAAUAUUGCUUGCUCUCUCUAAAUCCUGAAAGAAAAAAAAUGGGUUUCACAUCCCUUGAAACCUUCAUGCUUCAGAAAGAGUUACAAAAUUAAAAAAAAUAUAUAAUUUCAAUUUGUUAUCAAAUUGACAUCCUUUCUAUGAGAGCAUGUCAAGGUAGACUGUGUUAAAAAAAUUUGACUUCCGUGUUCUAAUAAAGCUAGAGGCCAAUUUACAUUGUACCAAGUUAGGCAUAUUUAAACCUGGCAGUACGUUAUAUUAAUUAACAGAUAUCUGUUGUGCUGUAAUAGGUUGCCGAGUCAUUUAUUAAGGGCUAGAGGGAGUUUUUUAGUAAAAAAAAUAGAUAUUUUUUUCUUUAAAACAAGCGAUUGAGAAGAUUGAAAGCAUUUUUACAUCAUAGGUAAUAAAAAAAAGAAUAUGAGUAAAAAAUUUUUUAAAACGUAUCAUGUUGGAAUAAAAACACAAUCUGGUGCUUCAAUAAGCUAUAUUAUUUUAUUUAAGCAAUACAUUAUAAUUUAUCUUUAAAAAUGUAAUUUGAUACCUCUUCAAUUUUUAUUGCAUAAAAGGGAUAGCAAAGUCAAAUUUAAACUUGCAUGAUUCAGAUAGAGCAUGUAAUUUUAAGACACUUUUAAAUUCACUUCUAUUUUCAAAUGUGCUUUGUUCUCUUGGUAUCGCUUGUUGAAAAAGAAUACGCACAUAUCCUACACUAGUGGGAGUUAGCUGCUGAUUGGUACCUGCACACAUUUGUCUCUUGUGGUUGGCUAACUAGAUGCGUUCAGCUAGCUGCCAGUAGUGGAAGGAUAACAAGAUAAUUAAACAAAUUUGAUAAUAGAAGAAAAUGUGAAAGUUGUUUCAAAUUGUAUGUUCUAUCCGAAUCAUGAAAGAAAAUUUUAUAGUUUCCAGUCCCUUUAAUUUCUUAAUAAAUGGCUCCUGUAUGAGUUUAGGUGAAUUACAUACAAAAUAAGCUAUUUGAAAUGUGUAGCAUGGGAUGUGUGUUUGUGAUGCUGGCAUGUAACAUAGGGGUUGAACACAAACCUUUAGAAAAUCUUAUCUAAGGAUUUAUCUACAGAAAUGUCCGCAGAAAACUAUUAGAUACGUUUCUAAAGGAAUGUAAUUGGCCCCAUACUGUGUGUUAAUGUGUGCUGGAUAUCUAAGCAGCUUAUAGGGCCACUAUAGUGGAAAACAACUUGUCAUUGCCGCUACUGAUUGGUUCAGAGCCUGCUUUACCUUGGGACCAGCUGUUCUCUACAACUACCGAGUGGUACUUUAGAGUUGCAAGGUUGCUACAGAUAACAUUAAGGAGUUGAUCGCAAUCCCUUUAAAAAAAGUAUCUAAUGUUUUUCUACAGAAAACCACUAUUUAACUCUAUGUGCAUUUUUGUAGAUAAAUCAUUUGCUAAGUUUUUCUACAGGAUUGUAAUCAACCUCUAAAUGCUCUAAUGAAGUCAAUCUUGACAUUUGUCUUAUAUAAUGGCCCUUUAAUAGCUGUCACCUUUUUUACUUGUUUUUUUUUUUUUUUCUUACUGUAAUUCGUCAUCAAAAUGAAGGUAUCAGAAUGUGUUACAAAAUAUAUAUAAACGUAUUUUCUAAUGUAUGAUAAAUGUAUUUCUAUAAGUUAUAAAGAUUUGCAACAAAUGUUAUUGGAUUUAAAAGUAUACAGUGAUAAUAGCACUUUUUUAUCAUUAUCUGUAUUAUCAUAAAUUACACAAAGCUAAAUUCUUUUAUUAACUGAUUGUAUAUUUUUCUAUAAAACUUUUUUAAAAGCUUUA